AUUUGAAGCACCAAUCGCAUCACGUCGCCAUGGAACCGAUUGCGCCUAUUGCCAUCAAUGUGGUGCUGCCUUCGGGGGAACAAGUGGCGCAGCUCAUGGUCAACCCUGAGAAGUCGAUUAUGCAGAUGAAGACUCAGAUCGCUGGACUGGAAGGUACACCGGUGGCAAAUCAGGUUCUACUCCUGAAUGACCAGCAAGUGGAAGAUGCGGACACGCUCCGGAGUUUGAACGUUUCUUGCGAAGCCACUUUCCUCCUGUUGCGGCGUGCCCCUCUGCUUUCUGGUGCAAUCAAUCGAGAAGAGCUGGAACAUCUUCUGGAGGACAACCUGGCCUUGGAACAAGCCAUCGUGGCAUACAGCGAUUCAUUGCAAUACUUGCCCUCAGACAUAACCACUAUCUCUGAAGAAGUUGCUGAGGGCCUUGUGGCUAGUGGAUCUGGCCACGAUAAGGCCGCACUGCUAUCGGGCAGACAGGUGGAGCUAUGGCAGGACAUCGCUAAACAGACAGGGAAAGCUCGACAAGUUGCCUUCUCCAGGGCUUUACGAAAGGAGUUAGAGCGCAUUUCCGCUGCAUUGCCACUUGGAUCCGUUGGAACUGGGCCUUCAACCAGUCAUCGACGGCAGCGAACCGCAAGUGACGACGUCCCACGGGCUGAGCUUCCGCAGUCUGCAGCUUCCUUCGCAGCUCCCGCAGCAGCCCCUGCAGCAGCCCCUGCAGUUCCAGUAGCAGCUGAGCAGCUCGCAGAUCCCGCUGUCCCCGCUGUCCAUGCUGUUCCAGUGCAGCCGCCAGCUGUCGAAUCUGUGCAGGUUGCGCCUGGUGUAGAGGUGGCGCGCCCGGCUCCGAAGAACGCCAGGCAUUACAUGCAGCUGCUGCAGCAUGCUGAAGGCCCUCAAGGCCCUCAAGGCCCUCAGGGCGGCAGAGAUGCCCAACCAGCUGCAGGUCCUUUGGACGAACUAAACCUACGGCACAUUGACGUACAGAAAGAUGAUGCCCGUUUUGCCAAUCAUCCAUGGAUGGGAGCUGGGGUGGAGCUGAAAACCUAUCUUCACCGUCAAUGGGCGGUGUGUGAAGGCGAGUCUCCUAAGCAGAACCUCCAUGUGUAGCAAAAUGGAAUGAUGUUGUCGCUCGGACAUCAUCGCACGACGAAAUUUUAAAAAGGCACUGCAGCGGCUGAGAAACUUGCAUCAUGACAUAUCAU